AUGAAAUCCAUCGUUAUGUUUCAUCUUUUAAUCAUCUUCACAGUUUAUUUUACUAGUACUUUUUCAUACACCAGUAAUAAUGUACGUUUAUACAAUUUAAUUCGAACGCCAAUGAAUAUCAAAGACAAGGUGUUUACAUUACCAAUAGGAAAUAAUAAAGAUACAUUCACACCAGUUCUCAAUCAACAAUUAAAUUCUAUUGAAGAUGAAGCUAGUUUGCGAGCACGUAGUAGUUGGGAUUCAGGUGAAGAUUAUUUUACAUGGGCCAAGAAAAAUCGUCGACCAGUAGAAUAUUUUACUGGACGAAAACGAGAAACGGGUAAAGCGAUUUUGCCACCACGUCGUCGAUAUGAUCAUGAUGGCCUAUGGCGAAGUGGACUUGUUGGUUAA